CCGGAUCACACAAAAUCUCACUAAUAAGUCACAUUUUCAAAUCUGAAACGGUCACAACCACAUUUAAAAUAACAGGAGAAGAGCUGAGCUUCUCUGAUCCAAAAAUGGCAGCUCCUUAUCAACCGAGUCUACUUCUUCUUCUUCUUCUUUUUCUUUUCUCAGUCUUUCUUUCCUCGUUUGAAGCUUCUGUUUCAGCCAUAAGACCAGGCUUCCUCUACAUCAGAACCACCCCAAGAUGCACUCCCAAGUACUGGGGCAGCCGAAGAGAGGCGUGGCCGAAGAUGGUGCCGCAGACUUCGACGGUGUCGAAGGUGUUUGGUUCGAGAGCUCGCGAACGGUUCAGAUCUGAUCUGACUUUGCUGGAAGCAACGGUCAGGAACGACCGGGGCGACUCUUUCCGUGGGCUGCUGAAGCAGGCAACCGCGGCUCUGCUCAACUCUUACUCAAGAAAGGGGUUUUCGUACACUCCUUGGGCGGUGAAGACUCUCGUUAUCAAAGCACUGGUUUCUGAAGAUGCUGCGGCCCUUCAGGCCCAACACUUCUCUAUUGCCAAUGAGGCUUGCAAUUAAUGGGCCGAAUUUUGGCCCAUGCGGCCCAAUAGAAAUGUGCCUUCUAGUUUCGUACAUAUCGUGCGUUGUUUAGAUUUUUGGUAAUUAUGAUGAUGAAAAUAUUUGUGAAGUUCUUUGUUUCUUGAGAAUUUCAAUAUAAUUAGCUGAUUGAAUCUGUCUACGUUGAUUUUAUUUAUGACAUUUAUUUGCUUCUUCUUCUC